AAUUCCGAUACAUUUCAGUUCAUAGCGGCGCAUGUGUAAGCCUUCCAACUAAAAGUGUGGAAUGGUUUGAGAAUUUUCUUAAAAAAUUAUAAUAUCAAACCAAAUAAAAAGCAUAAAAUGCGUUCUUUAAAAUGUUUUAUGCUUACAUUUCUCGUUUAUUUUACUGUUUGUUCUAUGAACUGCGGAAUUCAUGGAUUUUCGGUAGCGAAAAUAAAAAGAGAAGCUGCCACUCCCGAAUCUGCCAAAGCUGCCCAUGACACAGCGCCUCCGGUUGAUACUCCUGCUUUCACCAUUGCUGACGUUGGCGUUGAAGAGGAUGAUGAAACUAACACUAACUGGGACUGGCGAACGUCUGCUAAUGGCACCACACAAAAGUGUGAAUCAGGCGAUCUAAACGAAUGCGAGGCUUGCCCGAACAAUGUCGCUUGUGUGGCGAAAAUUCAAUGCCCCGCCCAUGUACGCAUGAAAGAUCAUGAGAAGCCGCAAAUCUGUGAUUUGCCUGAUGGGAGCUCCGGUUACUGUUGUGUUACUGGACAGGAUCACAUAGGCAAACGUCCUGGUAUUGAGCGCACGCAUUUCGUUGAGUCUAUGCCCAUUUCUGUGAUGGAGGAGACGCGUCAGCGGUUUCACCAUUUAAUGCACAAUAUUCCAAUGCAACCGGUGGGACGUGGUAAACCAGAAUUCUUGCAUGGCAUAUCUUUCCAUUCCAGCGCACUGGAUGAUAAGGAAAAUUUCCAUUUAUCCAAUUCGGCAAUGCAGCAAGUAAUUGCCGCCCAGUUGCUCUCAAGCAAAGAAGCGAUUCCGGUAGAUGAUCUCAUCACGAAUAGUGUUCUGGUGGAUUAUAAGGAAACACCAUUGGCCCAGCACUGCUUAGGACCUCGUCUGUGUAGUAAUUUCAAUGCACGCUAUCGCAAUUUCGACGGUACGUGCAACAAUCGUCUGCCGGGUCGUACGCAUUGGGGUGCGGCUGGUCAGCCCAUGGAACGUUUACUACCGCCCGCGUAUGAAGAUGGUCUGUGGACGCCGCGUUUGCAUUCAGUGGAUGGCUCCGAAUUGAUGAGUGCGCGCGAAGUGUCACGUCGUCUACUGACGGAGUCAGAUAGGCCACAUCCGCGGUACAACCUAAUGCUAAUGCAGUUCGGUCAGUUUCUGGCACAUGACGUCUCACAGUCGGCUUCCGUACGCUUAGAGAAUGGCGAGUUGGUGGAAUGCUGCACACCGAACGGUGGCCAUGCUUUGCCGCCACACAAACGUCACUUUGCCUGCAUGCCGAUUACGGUGGCGGAGGAUGAUGAGUUCUAUAGCACCUUCAAUAUACGCUGCAUGAAUUUUGUGCGCCUAUCGCUCGCACCCAACAUCGAUUGCAAACUGAGCUAUGGGAAACAGCGCAGCAAGGUUACCCACUUCAUUGACGCUUCGCCGGUGUAUGGUUCGAGCGAAGAAACGGCCCGCGAGCUACGCGAAUUCAAUGGCGGACGACUUAGAAUGUCCAAGGAAUUCGGGCGCGAACUGCUGCCACUCACAAGCGACAAAGUUUCCUGCGAUAGUCAUGACGAAAGCAAGAUUUGCUACAAAUCAGGCGAUGGCCGCACUAAUCAAAUCAUCUCGCUCGUUACCUUACAAACACUUAUGGCACGUGAGCAUAAUCGCAUUGCUGGCAUUUUGGCGCGUCUGAAUCCUCGACUCAACGAUGAGCUGCUCUUCCAUGAAGCGCGUCGCAUAGUCAUUGCUGAGCUGCAGCAUAUCACCUACAAAGAGUAUCUGCCAGCCAUAAUUGGGCGCCGACACAUGAAGCGAUUCCGUUUGGUGCCACAGCGUCACGGUUAUGGUAGAGGCUACAACCCCAAUGUGAAUCCCGCUACCACAAAUGAGUUUUCGGGAGCAGCCUUUCGUAUGGGACAUUCGACCGUCGAUGGAAAACUUUACAUGCAUCUGCAGGAUUAUAAGGUGGCUGAAAUCAUCAACAUUCCCGAUGUGAUGUUCAAUCCGUCACGCAUGCGCAUUAGGUCCUUCAUGGACGACAUGAUACGCACUAUGUUCGCACAGCCAAUGCAAAUGGUGGACAGCUUCAUAACGCACGGUCUAAGCCGUUUCCUGUUCCGUGGUCACCAUCCCUUUGGCUUGGACUUGGCAGCCCUCAAUAUACAGCGUGGGAGAGAUCAUGCGCUCCCAAGCUACAAUAAUUACUUGCUGGUGAUGGGGCAUAGCAAAGUCCACAGCUUUAAUGAUUUACCCGAAGAGAUCGGUCGGAAGCUCGCUGAGAUUUAUCGUCAUCCUGACGACAUUGACCUCUGGGUAGGCGGACUAUUAGAAGACUCAAUACGGGAUGGCAUUGUGGGCAAUACAUUUGCCGAAUUAAUCGCUGAUCAAUUUACGCGCUACAGACAGGGCGACCGGUACUUCUAUGAGUAUGGCAAAGAUGUGAAUCCGGGCGCGUUUACGGUUGAGCAGUUGAACGAGAUACGCAAGGCGUCUAUGGCUCGACUGAUCUGCGACAAUGCGGAUCACUUGACGCUGAAUGAAGUGCCUCCGGCGGCCUUUGUACGCGCCGAUUUCCCACUGAAUACGCCAGUGCGUUGUGACAGUGAUCAAAUACCCGUUGUCGAUUUAACAGCCUGGCGCUGGGAAUGAAAUUUGUAAUUCUUAUUCUUUAAAAAUCUCUGGAAUAUACUUGUAUACAUAUGUACAUAUGUAUUUAGCAGUUGAGCGACUUGAAAAAAUAUACUUAUGUAUGUACAGCUUU